CGGGCCCAGCCGCUCCGCAGCAUGUGGGAUCCUCCCAGACCGGGGCAUGAACCCGCGUCCCCUGCAUCGGCAGGCAGACUCUCAACCACUGUGCCACCAGGGAAGCCCUAAGCUGUGGGGCGCACCACCUCUCCGGAACCUGCGCGUCUCCCUUUGCGGUUCCGGUCGGAAUUACCCGGCGGCGCACGCCGACAUGGCUGCGCUGGUAGGGAGAGGUGUGCGGGACAUGCUGAAGCGUGCGGACUUCAUGACGGUCCUGCGGAGACAACGACAUAAGAAGAAAUGGGCUGCCACAGAGCCCACAUUUCCUGCCACUCGACUGGCUCUGCAGAAUUUUGACAUGACCUACAGUGUGCAAUUUGGGGAUCUUUGGCCAUCGAUCCGGGUCAGUCUCCUCUCAGAGCAGAAGUAUGGUGCACUGGUCAAUAACUUUGCUGCCUGGGAUCGUGUGAGUGCUGAGCUGGAGCAGCUGAGUGCCAGGGAUUUCGUGAAUGAAGCUAUCUUCCACGGGGAACCAGAACCUGAGAAUGGCCAAACUGCAGCUCCACCCCCUGCCUCCUGGGCCUGCAGUCCAAACCUUCGAUGCUUCACUUUCGCCAGAGGGGAUGUCAGCCGUUUCCCUCCUGCCAGGCUUGGCAGCCUGGGUGUCAUGGAUUACUACCUGAUGGAUGCUGCCUCCUUGCUGCCUGUCCUGGCCCUCGGCCUGCAGCCUGGUGACACCGUGCUUGACCUGUGUGCCGCCCCUGGGGGAAAGACACUAGCAUUGCUUCAGACUGGCUGUUGCCGCAAUCUCGCUGCCAAUGAUCUCUCCACUUCACGAGCAGGCAGACUACAGAAGGUCCUUCACAGCUAUGUGCCUCAAGACGUCAGGGAUAGGAAUCGAGUUCGAGUCACAUCAUGGGAUGGAAGGAAGUGGGGAGAACUGGAGGGAGACACCUAUGACCGGGUGCUGGUGGAUGUGCCCUGUACGACAGACCGCCACUCCCUUCAUGAGGAGGAGAACAACAUCUUUCAGCGUUCAAGGAAGAAGGAGCGGCAGAUGUUGCCUAUGUUGCAGGUGCAGCUUCUUGCGGCUGGACUCCUUGCCACCAAACCAGGAGGCCACGUUGUCUAUUCCACCUGCUCACUCUCACACUUACAGAAUGAGUAUGUGGUGCAAGGCACCAUUGAGCUCCUGGCCAAUCAAUACAGCAUCAAGGUUCAUGUGGAAGACCUGACUCACUUCCGAAAGCUUUUCAUGGACACAUUUUCUUUCUUCCCAUCCUGCCAGGUUGGGGAGCUGGUAAUCCCAAACCUCAUGGCCAAUUUUGGGCCUAUGUACUUUUGCAAAAUGUGUAGAAUGACAUAGCAUCACCCUGUUCCUGAAGUCCUGUUGUAGGAAGACAAAGGGUGUACUCUUGUGGAGACCAGUGGCAGAGAUGCCCUCUGGCCUAUCUCCAUCCCAUUCAUGUCUUUCUGUAGACAGUUUUCAGCAGUAGGAAGUAAGAGUUUUUCUGUCCUGCUGUCCAAUUGUGGAGCAUCAGCACGUUUCUAACUCACUUAUUACACCCCACUUCCAACCCCUACUCCCCAUCUCUGAGCCUGUGCUAAAGGUUCCUGCCCCAUUAGGGGCUUAGGAGGAGGAACCAGUGAGCAGGGCCACUCUUUAAGCUGUAAACUUGGGAAGAAGCAUUUAGCCAAUAAAAUUGUUCAAGCUACAUGGAGCUGGGACUGUAGUUGGGGGGCCUCACGUCAGUGCAAGUAGUGUUAGUUACUUUUGUACCCAGGUACCCAAAGCACAGGACCUCAGCCUGGUUACAGGCCUCUGGUUACAGAGCCCGUCUCACACUUGAGGUGAGUUCUGCAUGAUAAGUCUUGAGCAGCCGAAGGGCUUAAACAGGCCUACCAAGUUUCUCCAUGUAUCCCGUGAUCUAAUUUAAGGAACAAGUAACUAAAAUGUUAAGCCAGUGCAUAAUAAUAUGCUUACUUACUUUGAGAAAGCUCUCUUGAGCUGAAUAAUUCCAGCCAUUCCUCCUGCUGUCAACAGCACUGCUUCCCAAAUGUGGCUGGGAAGAGGUCUAGUGGCUCCAGUGGCUCCUGUGUGCUCUAGAGCCUGUGAGCCACAACUACUGAGCCCACAUGCUACAACUACUGAAGCCCACAUGCCUUGAGCCCAUGCUCUAACAAGAGAAGCCCCCGCAAUGAGAAGCCCGCGCACCGCAAUGAAGAGUGGCCCCCACUUGCUGCAACUAGAGAAAGCCUGUGCGCAGCAGCAAAGACCCAACACAGCCAAAAAUAAAUAAAUUUUAAAAAACUAAAAAAAAAAAAUUAGAAAAAAAAGAAUGUUCAUAGCAACCCUGGUCACAAAAGCAAACCCAAAUGCCCAUGAGAGUGGACAAAUAAAAUGGAAUAUUCACACAAUGGAAUAUUAUACAGGUGUCAAAACAAAUGAGCUACAAUAACACAUAACAAUAUGAAUGAUUUUUAGCAAAAAUAUAUUAAAUGAAAAGUUUAGUCCCAAAGAUUAAAUGUAGCAUGAUGCCCUUUAAAAAUAAAACUUUAUUCUUUUUUGUUAUUAUUUACAUACGAUAUAAUUUAUUAAUUUUAAAUGUACCAUUUAAAUGAAUUUUGAUAAUUCAUUAUAGUAGUAUAGCCAUCAUCACCAUCAAAAUAUAGAAAAUAAUUCCAUCUUCUAAAAAGUUUCCUUGUGCUCCUUUGCACUUAAUCCCCUUCUCCCACUCCUGGUCCCAGGUAAUCACUAAUCUGCUUUCUGUCACUAUAGUUUUGCCUAUUCUAGAAUUUCACAUUAUGGAAGAGAGAGUUGAUUUACAGCUGGAUUGCAAAGGCUGUGUCUUUAUCUGGAUGUCUGUUUUUUCACUCUUGGCCAAGGUAAGGGCAUUGGUAUUUCUUUUUGUUUUUGUUUUUUUUUGCGGUAUGCGAGCCUCUCACUGUUGUGGCCUCUCCCGUUGCGGAGCACAGGCUCCAGACGCACAGGCUCUGCAGCCAUGGCUUAUGGGUGCAGCCUCUCCGCAGCAUGUGGGAUCUUCCCGGACUGGGGCACAAACCCGUGUCCCCUGCAUCGGCAGGCAGACUCUCAACCACUGCGCCACCAGGGAAGCCCGGGGCAUUGGUAUUUCUAAUGUGCUAUUUAAAUCUGAAGCUCCCCUGACUCCCAAGGUCACUUUCUUUACUGACGGUUUACAGCUGGCCUAACUGGUUACAUGUGUGUGGCUUGACUACAUGGCCAGAGUAGCAUAAAAAAGAUCUGAGCUCUCCCACAGCCAAGAUUCCCCACACAGAUCAUGGAGAUUCAAUCCAAAGAUAGAGUACUUUGCUUCACAUCCUUGCUAAUACUUGGUAUUAUAAAUUUUAAACUUUACAUCCUGUCCCAAUGCAUUAUGGCUUUGCUACUUCCUUCACCAAGACACAGUGUCUCUUUCCUCUCACCCCUUGAAUCUGGGCUGACUGUAUGAUUUGCUUUGACCCGUUAAAUUUGGUGGAAUGAAUGUUGUGUAAAUUCUAAGCUUAGGCCUCAAGAGGCCUUGCAGCUUUCAAUCUCACCUUGGAACUUUUCUACUGCCAUGUGAAGAAGCCCAGGCUAGCUGCUGGAGACAUGUGAUGGACACCAAGCUAAGACCUUCUAACCUCAAUUAAGUGGUUAAACGACCCAAACUGCAUGAGUGACUCCAGUCAAGACUAGCUUAGCUUGCUGAUUCCCAGAAUCAUGAGUAAAUAAAAUGGUUGUUUUUAAA